AUGACCAACAUGGAGAUGCAAAACUUGAGCCAUCGAGGCCACGAUGACGAAGACUUUGACGACGCUCUUCUGUUACCCCGAGGAAGUGCUCGAAGGCAAAGGGGGGGGAGGGGUAGACGCACACCAAAGCAGACUCUGUUUAUGGGUGGCAUAGCAACUGUUGUUAUAAUAUUUCUGGUUAUGUUCAUGAGAG